CAAUUAUUUCUAGUCCUCCUACACUCAGGAGGUGAUCUCCUCUCGGUUCGAAUGAUUUGUUCGUUUGUUCCACGUAUAAAAUAGUUGGAAAUAUUUACGCUUUAAUCAUAUAUAACUUUGGAAAAUAUAAUAAUUGGCGUGGAAGAUAAGGAAGUGUAAAACGUUAUAUUCAAUAAUGUUUAUAUGUAUUCUUGAUACGUGACGCUCUAAUAAGUUGAAUCUAUUGAAAACUUGACACGAGAUAAUAUGCUCUAUACUGGGUAUCAUAAAGUGAAUGAGUGAAGUGUAAAGGUGUAUAGUAUAAAUAAUAAGGAUAAAUUAGAGAAAUUCAAGGGGCGUGUCUCUUAGAGUAUUUAAAUAUUUCUUAUUAAAAAUAACAUCGACGAAAAAUUUGGGUGAUCGUGGACCAAAAAUUAUUGACAAGAAAUCGUUAUCCGCACACAUCAGCACGGACGUUAUUCGAUUUUUUCAGUGCGCACUACGGUUGAGUCUCCGGUGCAGCUUACGUUGUUUAUGUCAUCGUGACGCCUAUGGCGACGAAGUGUUUUGUUUUUGCCGAUCGAUGACGGAAUAUUUCAGAAAUUACAUCUUAUGAUUUAGAUUUUGCGAUACUAUUUUUGUAGCUCUACUAUAUAACGUUUAAGAAAAUCUUAAAAAAAGGGUCGUAACGUUAAACGAUUUUAAACGCCCAAAACUUGUUAACAAAAGAAUAUAUAAAGAAACUCGUGAAUUAUUUACUUGCUUUAUGAGAUAUAAAUCGUCUGAGCGAACGAUUAAAAAGAAAAUCGAAAGAACAAUAGAUAACAUUAAAAGUUCGACGAAGUAUAGGAUGGCAUCAUCCACGAUAGCUGUUCCCUCGGGAACAGCUUCGGUACCAGCCACUGCUGGUAUUACUGGAAAAGAAGAACUCGAUAGUGGGGAUUUAUUCGGUGAACGUAGUGUUAAUACCGUUACAGGUUAUAACAAUAGUAGCAGUUCUGGUGAUGCACUCGAAGAGAUAACCUGUAAUAAUGGCAAAAUAGGAGAUCAACAAUGCACUUUGUGCAUGAGCAAAUUGUGCUCACCACGGGUACUAUCUUGUCUCCAUGUAUUUUGCGAAGGUUGUCUGGAUAAGCUUCUUAUGGACGGAGCUGGAGAUUCAAAGGUGGAAUCUAUACUAGAGUGUCCCUUAUGCCAUCAAGAAACUUCCGUUAGUUCUAAAGGCGCCGCAUCUCUCACUUGUGAUUAUGUACUAACUAAUAUACUUGACAUGUUUGCGAUUGAAAAUAUGGCAGUGCUCUGUACCUCUUGCAAGGCUAAAGAAAAUGCAGUCGCACGUUGCUCAGAUUGUGCCAAUUUUCUCUGUCCGAAUUGUAAUACGGCACAUCAAUUCAUGCGCUGCUUUGAAAGUCAUAAAGUCAUUGCAUUUGAGGAUUUGAAGAAAUCAAAUGAAACUAUUCCAAUACAUAAACCUAUUUUUUGUGAAUAUCAUCCUGCCGAAAAUAUGAAAUUUUAUUGCUAUACGUGUCAGGAACCCAUCUGUAAUGAAUGUCUUCUUGUUGAGCACAAAGCACCAGAUCAUCAUUAUGAGAGAUUAGCUGAUGCAGAACCACGCGAGAAGGAAGAAUUAUUGAGUUUAAUGUCUGAAAGUAAAGCAAAAAUUAAGGAUUGCGAUCAAGUUACAACGCAGUUAGAAAAUGCACUUAGUGAAUUGCAAAUGCAACGUGAUCAAGCAAAGGAUUUAAUAAUAGAAACUUUCCAAAGUUACAAAGCUAUAUUAGAGAAAUAUCGAGACAAUGCUUUAGAGGAACUUGAAAAACUACAUUCAGAGAGAGAGCUUGAAAUAAUGGAUACCUUCCAUAAAAAAUCUGUUUUUGAUAGCGUUGCAAAAACUGCAGAAAAAAUAGAUGAUGCUUGCCGCUUUACAUCUAGGCUUUUGGAACAUGGAGAUACCGUGGAAAUAUUAGCUCUUCGCCGUAUAGUAGGGGCGCAAUUAUUACAUUUAAUAAAAAAUACCCCGAGUCCUAACAUAACAUUUUGUAUAGAGUUCCAGACAGAUUAUAGUCAAUUUGAAAAAACUGUAAAGGAGGUGUUUGGUAAAUUUCAUACAGAGAGUACACCAAUAACAAAAAUUCUUCCAGAAAUAAAGUCAAGCAUGCCAGGUGUUUCCUCUACUCAACAAAUCGUUCAUACUUCAAUAAGUUGUCCCAGUACGAUUAGUACAAGUUCUCCUAUUUCACUUCCUGCCUCUAUGCAAUCCUCGUUUGAAGGUGAACCUACGUUUGUUAUUCCACCUACAUCUAGUCCUCAAAAUAUUCCACCACCACCACCACCUGUUUCUCUUCCACCAGGCCCUAUUCAUGGUUUGACCAGUAUUCAAGAAUAUAAUUUACAACAAUUAGCUAGUUUAGCCGAAAAGGUAGAAAUUGUUAGUGAUACUGGUGUAAUUGGACCUAGCUCUAAUUCAAGUCCCACUCCUUCCUUCGCACUAGCAGAUUUAUUUGCUGGAGAUUUAAACUCUACGAAUCAUGCCAUUAAUAAUUUGCAAGCUCUUGCAAAAUUAGGAAAUACUCUUGCCAAUCAAGAUUUAGGAAAUGCAGCAAUUAAUGGUAGUGGAGGUUUGGUAUUAGGACGUGGGCCUUCCCCUGGUAUUAUUGAUGCGCCUAACUUGAGCACUUUAACUGCCAACAGUCUUUUAAAUGGUGGUUUUCAAUCACUUUCAUCCUCCACAUCUCCUAUACUCUCACAGGGUGCUGAUGAUCUUAUAGGUGAUACAAUGCAUAAUAUGCCUGUGGUAGUAGGUAAUCCAGUUGCCAAUGUAACUGGUGCAGGAAAUGGAAACUAUGCACAUCCACGUUCUAAUAAUGCAAAAUUAACUCCAAUGCAAAUUCGAAGUAAAUUUGGCCAGUUAGGUCCUAGUAAAGGACAAUUUAAUUCACCUCAUGGAUUUUGUUUGGGUACAGACGAAGAUAUUAUAGUUGCGGACACUAAUAAUCACAGGAUACAGAUUUUUGAGAAGACUGGUACAUUCAAAUUUCAAUUUGGUGUCCCUGGUAAAGAAGAAGGUCAGUUGUGGUAUCCAAGAAAAGUAGCAGUUAUGCGAAAUAGUGGAAAAUUUGUUGUAUGCGACCGUGGAAAUGAAAGAUCUAGGAUGCAAAUAUUUACUAAAAACGGCCAUUUUAUAAAAAAGAUUGCCAUUCGUUACAUCGACAUUGUAGCUGGUUUAGCUGUUACGGGUCAAGGUCAGAUUGUAGCAGUCGAUAGUGUAUCACCGACUGUAUUUGUCAUCAGUGAUACAGGUGCCCUCCUUAGGUGGUUCGAUUGUAGCGAUUACAUGAGAGAACCAAGUGAUAUUGCUAUUAGUGGAAAAGAAUAUUUUGUUUGCGAUUUCAAAGGUCAUUGCGUUGUUGUAUUUAACGAGGAUGGAAAAUUCUUGCGUCGUAUUGGCUGCGAGAAUAUAACAAACUUUCCAAAUGGGAUUGAUAUUAGUGAUGCUGGAGAUGUUUUGAUUGGAGAUUCACAUGGUAAUCGAUUCCAUGUAGCUGUCUUUUCAAGGGACGGUUCUUUAAUUUCGGAAUUCGAGUGUCCAUAUGUUAAGGUAUCUCGAUGUUGUGGCCUGAAAAUAACCUCGGAAGGAUACAUAGUAACGCUUGCUAAAAACAAUCAUCAUGUCCUUGUGCUGAACACUCUUUACAUAGUAUGAAGUGAGAAAAGAAAUAUAAUAAUAUCACUACUUUCUUCAAUAAGGGAGCUUCUAUUGGAACUGCUCUGUUUUCAACGAAGGAUAAGUAAAGAAAAAAAAAAAAAGGCAUGCCCAA